AUGCUGAACUUCAUCAAACCAAUAUUUACCCCCAGCAAAUCACUACGCGCUCUAAGUAUGGCAUGGCAUUGUUCCGGAUCCACCAACACCGAGUUGAUUGAGAACCUUUUCAAGGCUGGACUGAUUCAGAAUGAGCGUGUGAAAGAGGCCAUGAUAGGAGUCGAUCGAGCUCAUUAUGCUCCAUCAAGGCCGUACUCAGAUGCACCUCAGCCCAUUGGACAUGGUGCUACUAUAUCCGCACCACACAUGCAUGGCCAUGCAUGCGAGUAUCUAAUUGAUCAUCUCAAACCAGGUUCUCGGGUGCUGGACAUUGGAUCUGGCUCAGGAUACUUGACCCAUGUCCUUGCCAACUUGGUAACCGACUCUUCUGGCCAUGGCACCCAGGGACAGGUGAUUGGCAUUGACCAUAUCUCCGAGCUGACAGAUCUGGCCCGCACAAACAUGGAUAAGUCCAAGAAAGGCCAGGAUUAUCAGAAAUCUUCCACUGUCAAGUUCAUCACUGGUGAUGGACGCCUUGGAUGGAAAGAAGAUGCACCGUACGACGCCAUUCACGUUGGUGCUGCGGCCGACAAACUUCACUCAACCCUAGUGGACCAGCUGCGCGCCCCCGGAAGACUUUUCAUACCCGUAGAAUCGGAAGACAACGAGAGCGCUGUGGAUGGUCUCGGCGGAGGUCAGUAUAUUUGGGUGGUUGAUAAAAAGGAAGACGGAUCCAUUCACAAGGAGAAGGUAUUCCAGGUCAGUUACGUGCCUUUGACAGAUGCUCCAAGAUAG